GAAAAGUACAGCAACACCACCACCCACCAUUGAAGAAACCAUUAUUAAAACCUCCUUCAACCUCUUUCUUUCUCUUCAUCAGAACACAAACUCACAAAUUAAACCAGUUUCUUUUGAACUGCUCCUUCGCUUGGCUUCCUUCCAAAGCAGAAAGAUCAUCAGAUAAAAAGAUACAUACAUAUAUAUAGUCGUCAAAGGAUAUCCAUGUGGCGUCUUGUGGCAACCAUGGCAAGGAACUUGGAGAACAUGAAGAAAAGCUCUAGGGUUGCAGAUGAGAACAUGUUUGCAGGAGGAGGUGACGGAGAAGCAGCAGCAGGAGGAAGAAGAAGAAGAAGAUCACAAGGAUGGUCUCUGAUACAUAGUAUUCUUCUUGCACCUAUGUCUGUAAUCUUGUGUGUUUCUUCUUCUGAUUAUAAUAAUGAUUAUGGAGCUAAUGGGAGUAGGGUUUAUAAUGAUGGUUUCUGGGGAUCUGGGGAUUAUGAACAUUUCUCUGAUAUGAAUCAGAUGAUUGUAAGCGAUAGUAUGAGGUUUGCAAUUUUGAUGUAGAAAAAAAAGCAAAAUAUAUAUAUAUAUAUGAGAAUAAUUGCUUAGAGAAAUUAUUAAGAAAGUA